AUGGCGCAGAAUCACAAUGGCACCGGCCCGGUGGCCAAGGGCAAUGCGCCCAUACAGCCGGCCUCAAAGGGUGACACAGCUGCGCCUAAGCUGAACAGCGAGGUCGAAAUGGGCACCUUGCCCAACGACAAGGGCGGGCAGCUCGACAUCAUGCAGCUUGCCCGUGUCGGCGACAUCCCAGCCAUGGAGAGGCUCUUCGAGUCGUCCGAGUACGAUGCGACCUACAGUGACGAUGAGGGGAUUACACCGCUGCAUUGGGCUGCCAUUAACAACCAAUACGCGAUGUGCAAAUUCCUCAUCGAGAAGGGUGCGCCGAUAAAUCACAAGGGCGGAGAGUCAAUCGCGACACCUCUUCAAUGGGCUGCGCAACGAUGCCAUUACUACACCGUCCACCUGCUCCUCCAGCACGGCGCCGAUCCCCUCAUCACAGAUGCCCAAGGCUACAACACGCUACAUAUCAGCACGUUCAACGGCAAUGUCUUCCUCAUCACGUUGCUGCUACACCAGGGCAUUCCUGUCGAUGUUCCCGACACCUUUGGCCACACCGGCCUGAUGUGGGCUGCAUACAAGGGCUUCCCGCCCUGUGUUGACCUCUUCUUGCGGUGGGGCGCAAACGUACAUGCGACGGACGAGCAGGGAUUCACGGCGCUUCACUGGGCCCUCGUCAAGGGCAGCGCGGGCUGUGUGCAGAAGCUGAUCGAGUACGGUGCCGACAGGUUCGCGAAGACGUCGACGGGUAAGACUCCGGCCCUCACCGCACAGGAACUCAACACCCUCGGCGCCUGGCACAAGGCUCUCCGGGACUGCGGCUACGACGAGGACGGGAACCUAGAGACGCCAUCAUUCCCCGGUGCGAGCCAUUUCAUGAAGGACAAGAGGGGUUUCCUGACCAAGUUCUUGUUCCUGUGGCCCUUCCUGCUGGUCUGGGCCAUGCUCACCAUCCUGGCGGGCAUGCCCAUCUAUGUCGGGUUGCCCUUCUCGCUGCUUGUUGGCUAUUCAUUGCAAUGGGUCGCCAACAAGAUUCUGCACUACGCGCCAUCCGAUAUGCGACAGUUCCAGAGGACCCCCUGGCUUAGUGGUAUCUUUGCGGGUUCGCUGUUCUUGGUCGGCGUGAACUGGCUCUUUACGGUCCUCCCCAACACGGCUUGGAAGCCUGCCUCGGACGCUGCAACACACUACGCCCUGAACUUUGCCUUUGCCUUCUUCUUCUCUCUGACGACCUACUUCUACAUCACUUGCAUUGUCUACGAUCCCGGCUUCGUUCCCAAGAUGAACGGCAUCGCUGAGCAAAAGGCUGUCAUUGACGAGCUGAUCAGUCUGUGGAAGUUUGACGACAACAACUUCUGCAUCACCUGCAUGAUUCGAACACCCCUCAGGAGCAAGCACUGUAGGAGAUGCCAGCGCUGUGUGGCCAAGCAUGACCACCAUUGCCCCUGGGUCUACAACUGCAUUGGCGUCAACAACCACAGGCAGUUCUUCCUCUAUCUCAUUAACCUGACCUUUGGCAUUGUUCUCUAUGACUGGCUGAUGUACUACUACCUUACAUCCGCUUCGACUUCGACCUCGGACCAGUGCAACCUCCUCGCUGCGGGCAUCUGCAAGGUCAUUAACGCUGACGCAUAUGCAUUGGUCCUGUCGAUCUGGGCCACUCUCCAGCUCACCUGGGUCCUCAUGUUACUCUUCGUUCAGUUCAUCCAGGUGUCUCGGGCCAUGACCACCUACGAGAACAUGGUCGGCAUGAACCACGCCACGCCCAGCGGCCUUACCUCUGCCUUCACCUCGACCGGCGCUCCCCUAGACCCGACCCACCCCGAUGCCAACCCGCCAUCGGGCGGCGCGGCGGGAGGGCAGCGCCACGGCCACGGCCACGGCCACAAGCACGGCGGCUUCCUGAAGCAGUGGUCCAAGAUCCUCGGCGUCGACGCCUUCAUCGAGACGGCCUCCGGCAGGGGCGCCGCGGCGGGCGGGCACAACAAGCGCGCGAGCAGGAAUCCGUACUCGAGGGGUUGCGUGACGAACUGCCGCGACUUCUGGUGCGACCCGGCGCCCGUCUUUGGCCGCAGGGAGAACGGCGCGGCGCAGCUCGGCGGCGACCUCGUCAAUUAUUCCGAGAUGUACGAGAGCCCUGCGCUCAUGGAGAUGCGGAGCCGCGGUGGCGCGGCGCGGAGGGGUGCUUACGAGGCUGUUGCUGGGGAGGAGGGUGUUGGUCAGGUCACCUGGACUGCAUGCGACUACGAUGGUGUUGUUUUGAGCGCACCUUAG